AUGUUAAAAACUACUGAUCAUAAUGACGACGGAAGUACUUUCCAGUCUCUAUCAAUUUCUAUCUGUAUUUAUCUAUUUCUAUCUGUAUCUAUCUAUUGCCUUUGUAUCUAUCUAAUUCUAUGUGUAUCUCUUGCCUCUGUCUAUAUCUAUUUCUAUCUGUAUCUAUCUAUUUCUAUUUGUAUCUAUCUAAUUCUAUCCGUAUCUGUCUAUGUCUAUCUGUAUCUAUCUAUUUCUAUCUGUAUCUAUCUUUUGCCUCUGUAUUUAUCUAUUUCUAUAUGUAUCUAUUUGUAUCUAUCUAUUUCAACCGUAUCUGUCCAUGUCUAUCUGUAUGUAUCUAUUUCUAUAUGUAUCUAUUUAUUUCUAUCUGUAUCUAUCUAUUUCUAUCUGCAUCUAUUGCCUCUGUAUAUAUCUAUUUCUAUCUGUAUCUAUCUAUUGCCUCUGUAUAUAUCUAUGUCUAUCUGUAUCUAUCUAUUUCUAUUUGUAUCGAUCUAUUUCUAUCUGUAUCUAUUGCCUCUGUAUAUAUCUAUUUCUAUCUGUAUCGAUCUAUUUCUACUUGUAUCUAUCUAUUUCUACCGUAUCUGUCUAUGUCUAUCUGUAUGUAUCUAUUUCUAUAUGUAUCUAUUUCUUUCUGUAUCUAUUUAUUUCUAUCUGUAUCCAUCUAUUUCUAUCUGCAUCUAUUGCCUCUGUAUAUAUCUAUUUCUCUAUGUAUCUAUUGCCUCUGUAUAUAUCUAUUUCUAUCUGCAUCUAUUGCCUCUGUAUCUAUCCAUUUCUAUAUGUAACCAUUGCCUCUGCAUAUAUCAAUUUCUAUCUGUAUCUAUCUAUUUCUAUCAUAUAUCAAUUUCUAUCUGUAUCUUUUGCCUCUGUCUAUGUCUAUCUGUAUCUAUUUCUAUGUAUCUAUUUCUAUAUGUAUCUAUUGCGUUUAUAUCUAUCUAUUUCUAUCUCUAUCUAUCUAUUGCCUCUGUAUAUAUCUAUGUCUAUCUGUAUCUAUCUAUUUCUAUUCGUAUCUAUCUAUUUCAAUCCGUAUCUGUCUAUGUCUAUCUGUAUCUAUCUAUUUCUAUCCGUAUCGAUCUAUUUCUAUAUGUAUUUAUCUAUUUCUAUCUGUAUCUAUCUAUUGCCUCUGCAUCUAUCUAUUUCUAUCUGUAUUGA